GAUUGGCAGGUGGUGGAGACGCUUGAUUUUGGACUUUUCUCAGCGACACCUCGCUUCGGCGAGCUCUUGAACCAGAGCGUCCCUGUCAUCUGGAUCAGCCUGGUCUCUCUAUGGCCUGGCCUACUCUCCAGCUUCCUGCAGAUGAUUUGGUGUGUUCCGGUCCAGGAGGACGAUGUCAUCGUCAAUCGCCUGCUGCCCAACCCUUCAAUAGUAUGCUGGUCCGACGACCACCUGGUUUCUGCCCGCAUCGCGAUUGCUGGGCUCGUGGUUUGGUGCCUUGGCAUCCCGCUCACGCUGGCCGUCCGGCUGCUACUCAUCCCAGAUAGACAGUCUCCAGAGAACUUCAGGCGCUUCGGCUUCUUCUUCCAGGGCCUGGAGCCGAAGUUCUGGUGGUGGGACCUCCUGGUUAAGCGUUUGGACGUGGCCUUGAUGAUGCUUCUCACCUACACUUCUGUGGUGCCAGAUCCGAAAGGCAAGCUCAUGCUCUUCCCCGCCCUCUCCGGCUUCCAGGUGUAUUUGGCAGCUUGGGUCAAGCCCUAUGCAAACGAUCAAGCCGAAAUCCUUGAUGUCGUGGAGGCCAUCGGUCCAUGUUGA